GAUUAUCUGCUAUUGAGUAUUGAUCGGGUGAGGCAAAUUUAUCAGGUGCGCUGCACUUACUUGCGCAUCCGCCAUAACGUCUAUUCUGAAAGGCAAAACUGACAACUCUCUUCACGCUACUCUGCAUUCUCGCCUAGUACGCAAAAAAAUUCUGACUAGUGAAUCGCUAAAAAAUGCAGUCCGGUUGUGCCAAGCUUGCAGAUCCUAUUGAUCUAGAGUAUUUCCUACCACAGAACAAAAUGGAGAAGAAAGUAGAAAAGUGUCCUCCAGAUAUAUUUUUCAGUUUGGAAACCAAUCCUAUUACUGAUGGUUCCGCAUACAUUGAAGUAGGUGAAAUUAAAGUUUCCUGUUCCGUCAAUGGUCCUACUGAGAUGCGCCAAGACAGCCAGUUAGUUGCAGUGCUUAAGUUUGCACCAUUCUUGUCCUGGUUACCGAAAGAUGUUCAAACGUCUAUUGAAAAAAAGCUUAGUCGACUUCUUCUUAGCGCUAUAGAACCUUCUGUCAUGCUUCACCAAUUUCCAAGAGGUAAAUAUGAAAUAGUGACGAACAUCCUGGAUAUACCUUCACAUAAUUCCAGUGGACUAAUAGGAAACUGUUUAGCUGCUGCCAUUACAUGUGCAGGUUUAGCUUUGCUAAACUCAGGUGUUCAGAUGUAUGAUCUUCUAGUAGGAUUAAAUUUGGAUCUCUCUGCUCUCGGUAAUGAAAAUGGACACCUUUGUGUUGCUGUUUUACCUCGUCUUCGUCAGUUUUCUAUGCUUUAUGCAGUGGAUUCAUGCAUGCCUAACACCGAGUUUCUCAAAAAUUGUUUAAAUCACGCUAUGGACAAUUGUAUUAAACUUGCAGAUGUGAUUCGAAGCCAUCUCUGCGGACAGCUUAAAACUAAAAUAAAAUAAGUAUUUACGGUUUCUUUGUUUUGCUAAUAUUUGAUGUCAAAUGCAGAACCUCAGAAAAUAAGGCUUCCACUAUCACCUGUAGGUUGUAUGACAAUAGUCAGGCUUCUCUUUAGGAUUGUUUCUUCUCAGUGUUAUCAUAUCAGUAACUUGUAAGUAUUAAGAAAAUUCGCAGUUUUCGUAGUUUCAAACAUUUCUUCACUUAUAUUCGCAAAUAUAUCCCAAUCCUCUAAAUAACUGUCAAGGGAUCAAAAAUCAGUCGAAGUGUAAGUUUUGGCGUUCACGUACACAAAAAAUGUAAUUGACUUAGUACAGAUUCAUUUUCUCAAAGCUCCUCUGUGCAUGGGAGCUAGCGAUACGAUCCGGUUGCCUAAAUCAGAGGUGAAACGUGGCCUGAAAGUCAAAUGCCUUAUUAACUGGAGUACACGUGUUUACAACAAACAGGGCCACAGCGUAACUGCAAUUGGCCUAAUGCAAUUAGGUUUGUAUUAAGAACUAUAGUCAGGAGGUUGUGUUGGUGAAUUUUUCAUAUUAACCAAUCUGGUGAUAAUAUUUUCAUUGACAGACAGGCAAUACUAAGGUAACUUACCAAACAUUAGAAACAAAGGAUAGCUCUUGCAUUUGAUGCUAUAAUUGUGUAAGUGUAGAUUCUCAUAGUCUAUUAUGGAAUACAAGUUGGCGACUUACAGUCAGUCAGUCAGUAACAACGUAGAACUUCGUACGUACGCACAUCAGUUCGAGUUGCCACACCACAUAAGCACAGAGAUGCAGUUGUCGAUUCAAAUCCCGUAGUGGUAGAGGUAAUAAGAGUAUAAGCAGUAAUCGGGAAGAUUAGGGUUUGGAGAUGUUAUUUAAAGAG